AUGCUAUAUUUACUGCCAAAAAGAUUAAUUGGCAUUUUUGAAUCCGUGUUCGAAUCCGAUCUAUCACCAGCUUUGAGGCUCAAUACCACCUGGGCAGAAAUAAUGUUCAAUCCAGAUCUAUUACCUUUGAUGUUUCAAAUAUUUUGGAAGGUUAGAGAUAUUGAUGAAUUGGCCCAUCAUUCUUUGAAUUGCUUAGUGCAACUGGCCACUUUGAAUGGCAGCGUUAUGAAUAUGGAAGAUGCCAAAAUGAAGUAUUUGCAUACUUAUUUAGUUAAUUUUUUGAAUUUAGUUUCAAGUGUUACCAUCAGAAAAAAAGAAUCUCUAGGCGUAUCAAAUAUAGUGAGAAAACUAGUAACAUUUCAUGCUAGCGACAUCAACAAACUACCAAAUCCGAUUCAGGAAACUUUACUGGAUGAAUUUGCAAGAUUGACGUGUCAUUUUUGUGAAGGUGCUGCGCACGAGGAUGCUAACUUUGAUGAUAACCGAUUUUUCACUGACGCAUUCGAAAAUAUGCUCGAGGCCUGGACAGAAAUGACGGGAGAGCUUACUUCAUUACCAAAAGAGCUACAUCAUUCGUGUGCCACAAGAAUAUUUGAUAAGUAUGUGCAAUGUCAUCUUGCUGCUCCAGAUGGUAAUAGAAAAAAUUGUGAAAAUAAUGAUGGAGGGCCUAUAGAAGAAGACAUGGAAGAUAGUGACAGGACUAAAUAUAGGGACCAGCUACAAACAAUUGGUUCAAUUAGCCGAACAAUUUUAUCACAUUCACUUCCAGUUUUAUACAUGAUCCUAGAAUCCCGCACAGAAACCUUAAUUAACAUGCUCUCAGUGAUGCAACAUAGAGCAAUGAACAUAAACGAAGCUGCCCAAUUGGAUAAUUUAUUCGAAGACAUUCAUUGGACAGUUUUAAUCGCCAGGCACGUAAUAUGCAUGGAUUCCGAUGGUGAAACUGCCCUAAUUCCUUCAGAAAUUACCACACAUUCCAUGGAAAUGGCUAAAAAGGGUGUCAGUAAUAUUGAGGCUAGUAUCAAGUGUUUAGCUAAUGCAGAUGCAAAGUAUUCUAAGCUAGACAUUUUAGAACAAUGCGAUCACAUAAUCAGAAUCAGUUACAGUGUAAUGCGUCUAGCUUCAAUAGAAGAACUAGCAAUUUCAAUGAAACUAGGACAAUUUAUGAGCCCCGAAGUGGGUUCCACUCUGAUGUGGUUCCUGAAACAUUGGUGCCUCAGCUAUUUGUUGCCUAAUGAAAGCUACUACAGUGAAAUGAGUCCGGUGUUAUUGGCUUGCCUUGGGCGAGAUUCUGAGUGCAGCAAAAUCGUGGUGACGUUUAUUUUGAAUAAAAUUGCGGUGAAUUUGUAUAGUUUUCAAUCGGAGCCUGUACUUUUAAGGGAUACUGUAGAAUUAUUCAGUGAUAUGGUUUGUACAAAGCAAAAGGCACUUUAUAUAAUUAAAACUGAGUCUAUGGCAAAAUUACUUAAUUUGACUGAGCAAAUGCAAAUUGGGGUACUUCCUCCUAAUAUUUUGAGGGGUGUUUAUAAGGGCUUGGCUCUAGCAGGUGUUUGUCUGAAUGACCCAACUGAAAACAAUACCUACUACGACAGAAUUUUGAGCCCCUUGAAAGUAAAAUUCAAAACGUUAAUGAGUCAGAAAAAUUUCAAUGACGAACAAGUACAAAAGUUGGCCAUAGAUUUGAUGGAAUGUUUUAUAGGGAUUGCCAAAGGAUCUCAAAUGUCUUCUGUGGAUACUUUGUUUGGAUUCAUGGCGCCUGUACUUGCAGAGUUGCCAGCUUUUUUGACAAUCUAUAAAGACUUUCAAGUGAUUGUUCAACUUAUAUUGGAAGUUUUUGGACAGUGUGCUAAAUAUAUGCUAUGCUAUUUGAGACCUUCAGAUAGCAAUAAAUUAUAUGAAAGUUCUUUGGCCACAGUACAAGCCUAUGCAAAAUGUAACAUAAACCGUCUAUCAACGGAAUCGUUUGCAGAAGAAAGCAGCUGUCAAGAUUUAAGCUUAGUACUGGAUUUAUUAACAUUUAUAUUGUCUAAAGACUGCAUAGAUUUAUGCGCUAAUAGCAACAACGAAGAAAUAACAGUUACAGCGUCAGACAUUUCACUUUUUGGCCUAAAAUUCAUAAUGCCUCUAAUGACAUUAGAGUUGCUCAAAUUCCCAAAUUUAUGCACCCAAUUCUAUAGAUUAUUGGUUUUGGUCAAUGAUAUUUAUCCUGAAAAAAUCGUUAGUCUACCUGAAGAUAUGAUGUGCCAGCUUUUACGUAGCAUCGAAGUUGGUCUAACUAAUUUCGGUACUGAUACUGUACAAACUUGUUUAGAUUUUAUACAAGGUAUGGCGUCAUAUUUAUUCAGACACCAGACUUUCGAUACUCCUUUUGCAUUAGCUUUAAAACCAUUUUUGAAGUUAUUAAUGGAUUUGGUGCUUUCUUAUCAAAUCAGUAUGGACAUGUUCAGUUCAGCGUCUACGACUAUUUACACUUUAAUUUGCUGUUAUCAGGAAGAAUAUCAGAUGUUGGUCCAAACAUUGAUACAGAGUCAACCUGAUUCUUUAACUGCUGAAAGGUUGGCAACAGCUUUCACGAAUUUGACCCUCAAUGUGCCACUGAAUUGCGAGAGGCGUCCCAAACUGAAAUUCAGAGAUUCUUUCGACAAAUUCAUUGCGAAUGUCCAUGCAUUUUUGUUGAUCAAAUAA